AUGAGCCAGAGCGAGAGUGGAGAAGAAACGAAUAACUACAGUGCUAUUCAUCCUCAUGCCACAGGUUCAGAAAUUUGUUAUAACAGAGUUGGAUGCUUUGAAAAUGCCCCCCCUUGGGGCGGAACUCUACAACGGCCAGUCUUGGACUUCCCAGAACCUCCAGAUAUUGUUAAUACUGCUUUUCACUUGUAUACCAGAGAAAGUCCUGUAUAUUUCCAGGUAAUAUCUGCAGUAAAUCCAUCAACGAUUAGAGUUUCAAAUUUCAGAACAAACCGGAUAACACGUUUCAUUAUACAUGGCUAUUUUGUUGGCGACGACUAUGAACAGAUAGUAGAUAUGUGCAGGUUUAUCCUUCAAAAGGAAGAUAUAAACUGUAUUGUUGUAAACUGGAAAGCUGGUGCUGCUAACCUGUAUACACAAGCAGUGCAAAAUAUCCGUAUUGUUGGAGCUGAGCUGGCUUAUUUACUGGAGUACCUUGAGCGAAACUGUGGAUAUUCUCCUUCUAAUGUUCAUAUUAUUGGACAUAGUCUUGGAGCCCAUGCUGGAGGAGAAGCUGGGAGAAGGAAACCAGGUCUAAGCAGAAUAACAGGGUUGGAUCCAGCUGGGCCUUUAUUCCAUCACACACCUCCUCAAGUCAGAUUAGAUCCGUCAGAUGCCAAAUUUGUUGAUGUUAUUCAUACCAAUAUAGGCCGUCUCUUCUUUGAACUUGGUGAUGGAAUAAUUGAACCAUGUGGACAUCUUGAUUUUUAUCCAAACGGGGGUGAAAUAAUGCCUGGAUGCCAAAAAGAACGCCUGGUACCUAAACAGUGGGGUAUUGAUGGUGUUAUGAGAGAUCAAACAGGAUGUGCAGCUUCUCCAAAAGGCUAAUAAGAAAUUGCAGCUUCUAAGUCAGCUGGAUGCUCACAUAAGCGAAGCUUACCAUAUUAUUCUGACAGUAUUUUUAUACCUGAUGGAUUUCUUGGAUAUCAGUGCAAAACAUUUGACGCCUUUCUAUCGGGAAAAUGCUUUCCAUGUCCCCCAAAAGGCUGUCCUAUGAUGGGUCACUAUGCUGAUCAAUUUCCAAAUAAAACUGAGGAGGUACACCAAGUGUUUUAUCUAAUCACCGAAGCUAUCCCACCAUUUGCUUGUUGGCGACAACGUGUAUCUGUAAAACUGUUUGGACCUCAAAGAGUAAAAGGGAAUAUAACUGUAGCCUUGAUUGGAGCGAACGAGCUCAGAAAGGAAUAUCUAAUUUCCACUGGAUUUUUUUACCCGAGGUAUACUUACACAAGAUUUGUUGACGUAGCUGUUCCUGGAGAGAUUGCAGCAGUUGAAUUUCAGUGGGAAAAACACUCAGAUUGGCAAAGAAGUGGCCACAUAGGAGCACAUGA